ACUGAACGAAUGGUUCUUUUCAGACGACAUGAUAGUCGAUUCUGAAGCACGCCAAGAGCGAAGCUCAUCGCUGCGCAGCCACGUGGCGUCGCUGCCGCCGCCUCGCGCCGCACCGCCGUCGCCAACACCAGCGCCAGAUUCGCCGAAGCAACCAUCGUCCCAGCCCCCGAUGCAACAAGAGCCGCCCCGACCAGCAUCUCCACGCCCAGGACCGUCGUCUGCUCCAGAUCUUCCAGAUACUCAACCCCAGGUACUUUCGUCUUCCGUGGAGGAUCAAGAACUCGAUGACGACAUCUUGUUAAUGUUAGGCGAUGCUCCAAAACCAGAACUGGCCUUAGGCGACAGCAUACACAAGGACGUGGCCAGUAGGUGGCAUGAAAUCUUACUAAAAGGUUUACAAAAGGAGGUGAAAGAAAAGCUUUUUCAGGAAUACCUUGUUCCCAGCAAUUGUGACCUCUUAGUUGCUCCUACACUUAACGCCGAGGCUAAGGCGGCAUUGACAGAUAGUUCAAUAAAAAGAGAUCAUGCCAUAAUGGAAAAACAGAAGCAAUUAGGAAUUGCUCUGUCUGCUCUCGCGCAGGCCAUGGAUUUAUUGCUUAAACCAGAUGCAUCUGCGCAAAAAAUCUUGAAACCAGUCAGUGAUGCUUGUCGUAUCUUGUGCGAUAGCCAUUACUUGGAAACAAAAAUACGUCGCUACUUCGUAGUUUCGUCAAUUAACACCGAUCUUAAAGAGACGCUUACUAAUACGGUUAGAGACGGUUUCCUUUUCGGAGAUAAUGUAUCUGACAAAUUAAAAGCCGCUCAAUCUAUUCAAAAGUCUGGUGAAACAUUAAAACACACACCAAAACCGGUUAACAAUCGUUUUAAUAAAAAUAACUUUGUACUUAACAAAAAGUCUCAGAAAAACAAUUUAAACUUCAAACCCCUGCAUCAAAGGACGCAGAGCAAGUACGAUGCAGGGCACUACCGGCCGUCGCCGCGCUCCAGCCGCCCGAACAGCGCCCGCGCCGCCCCGCGCCGCCCGAGCUCGCCGCGCCGCCCGAGCUCGCCGCGCCGCCGCAGCUACCGGAGCUACAGGAGGUAG